AAAAAAUUGAGGGUUUUAGUAAAAGUUGCGUCGCAUGGGGGUUGUAGAAGGAAGGGGGUUGGAAAUGAGACAAUGGCUUUUCCUCCGAAGAUUCUCUCUGUGGUCGAUGAAGAAGGAACCUGACUUAGAAUCCGCACUCUCACGCAAUCGCCGUUGGAUAGUCAACAACCAAAUCAAGAACAUCAUCCUCCGCUACCCCAACAACGAAAUCCCCAUCCAUACCCUCCAGAACAAGUUCAAAACCCUAGAUCUCCAAGGCAAAGCCCUUAACUGGCUCUCCAAGUACCCUUGCUGCUUCCAAAUCCACGACAACCGCUGCCGCCUCACCAAGCGCAUGAUGAACCUCGUCGCAGAGGAACAGUCCCUCCUCGAUUCCCUAGAGCCCCUCUUCGCUCGCAUCUUAGCUAAACUCCUCAUGCUAUCCCUCACCAAGAGACUCACCGUCCUCAAAAUCAACGAAUUCAAACGUAGUUUCGGCUUCCCCGACGAUUACAUCCUCAGAAUCGUCCCCAAAUACCCUAAUUUGUUCCGAAUCGUCAACGAAAGCGGCAGGAGAAGCUCCAUGGCCGUUGAGCUGCUGCAUUGGGAUCCCGACCUCGCCGUCUCCACCAUCGAAGCAUCGGCGAAGAAGCUCGGCACUCCGCCGCGGUUUUCGUGCUCUUUGCCGUCCAGUUGGGUGAAAUCAUGGGAGAGGUUUCACGAAUUUGAGUCAAUUCCGUACUUUUCGCCCUAUUCGGAAUCGAGAGGGUUGGUGGAGGGAUCUAAGGAGAUGGAGAAGAGGAAUGUUGGUUUGGUGCAUGAGUUGUUGUCAUUGACUCUUUGGAAGAAGUUUUCAAUUGUUAAGUUGGGACAUUUUAGGAGGGAGUUUGUUUUGCCUGAUAAAUUGAAUGUGUUGCUGCUCAAGCACCCUGGGAUUUUCUAUGUUUCAAAUAAGUAUCAGAUUUACACUGUGCUUCUUAGAGAGGCCUAUGUUGGGUCUCAGCUUGUGGAUAAGGAUCCUUUGGUGAUUGUGAAGGACAAGUUUGGGGAGUUGAUGCAGGAGGGGCUUCACGAGUACAAUCAGCGGCGGUGCCAACUUAAUGUUGAAAAGAGGAGGAAGAAAGGGGUUCCUUUGGUUAGUGUGGAUGAUGGUGCAAGGGGUAGAAGGAGAAGUCGCCAAGUUGUUGAUGAUGAUGAUGAUGGUGGUGGUGGUGGAGAUGGUAAGGUGGGUAGGUUGUUUGACCCUGAAGAAAGAAAACGGUUUUACAGAGUUCUUUUUGACGAUGAUGCUUCUUGAAAUUCCACCCAAGUCUGUAGUUUAGAUGUCAGCUCUGCCCUCCCCGUUUCUGAAAGAUGAUUGCAUACUAUAUUACUUAUUUAUUAACUUUUUAUUUGUUGGAGGUUUAGAGAUGACAGUGGCAGAUUAAUGUGUGCAAUCCAAGGUUUCUCAGGUUUUGUGCGUUGCCAUAUUUCUUAUGUUUAAGGCGGGGUUAUAUAUCUGGUGGUUGUUACUUGAUUUGGCUCUUUAUCUAAUCUAACUCCUAUGAAGAACAGGACAAGGUCCUGUAUCUGAGCAAUCCAAUAAUGAACUUUUUUUUUUUGGAAAGCAAAGAUCAAGUCUUAAUCUGAAUUCUUUCUUGUAUUAGUUUCUCAUUAUAAGAAUUGUGAACUGCAAUUGCCUAUUUGUCAAAGUUUCUUUCCUUCAUAUUAAGUUCAUAUUUUCUGGGUUGUCCUUUGUCUUGCAUCAGGUCUUGUAACCUAGGUGAAACUUGUUUGAUAUAAAAUAGUGUUUAGUAUCUUAAUCAUGACAUGUAUCAAAACAACAAAGGGGACAAUGAGCAGAUUGUUCUCUGCCUGAACAGGAAAGUUCCAAUUUCGAUUUUAUUAUGUGAACCUAGAUUGUUAUUGUUA